AUGAACCGCAAAGAGACCCGAAGCCGCUCCCCUCACAAGGGCGCCGAGCAAGAGGCGACCUGUGGCUACUCGGCGCUACAGCUCUUCAAGAACCCUCACUUCCAGAUUGGCUAUGCCUUAGAUGACUUGAUCCUUAUGCCCGGGCAUAUCAACUUUGGAGUCCACGACGUGGUGCUGGAGUCGCGGUUCACGCGCGGCCUGACACUCAAGACGCCGAUCGUGUCGAGUCCCAUGGACACGGUGACCGAAGCACAGAUGGCCAUUGCCAUGGCGCUAGAAGGUGGCAUCGGAAUCAUCCACUCGAAGCUUCCGGUGGAGGCGCAAGCAGAGCUCGUCCGCGCGGUGAAGCGCUUCGAGCAGGGCUUCAUAAGCAAGCCUGCAUGCAUCUCUCCGAGCAUGACGCACAAGGAGCUGAUGGAGCUUCGAGAAACAUGUGGCUUUUCCGGCUUCCCCGUGACGGAGGAUGGAAAGCUGAAGUCCAAGCUCCUGGGUCUCGUCACCCGCCGCGACGCCGAGUUUGUGGACCACAGCUCCGUGGUGGUGUCGGAGUUCAUGACUCCCGCAGAGAAGCUGCUGACUGCCAAGGAGGGUAUCGGGUUGAAGGAAGCAAACGAAGUCCUCUGCUCGUCGAAGAAGGGGAAGCUCCCGAUCCUGAAUGGCAAAGGGGAGCUGGUUGCCUUGCUCUCGCGCACGGAUCUCCUCAAGAAUCAGGACUUUCCGGAUGCUACCAAGGAUGAGAACAAGAGCCUUCGGGUGGCUGCAGCAGUGAUGGUUCUCGAUGCGAAGCGGAAAGAGCGAGUGGAUGCGCUUGUUGCCGCCGGGGCGGACGUGAUCGCUUUUGACAACCGGCAGGGCGACAACGAGGACCAGCUGGAGAUCAUUAGGUGGACCAAGCAGAAGUACCCGAAGAUGCAGGUCAUUGGAGGGAACGUCGGGCGCAAAAGUGUGCGCUUCGUCGGGAACCGCCUUGCGGUUGUUCAUGGUAGCGGAGCUGCGGCUCCAGGGAAAGUGACGUGCGGGCGGAAGAUAUUGCUGAAUGUGGCUUCUCUGGAGGAGAAGCAUGUGAAGCUGGCAGGACCGAAGAUCCUGACCCGUCUGACGGGUGAAGCUUGGAGAGCCACUGAGCACUUACAGAUCUCCGAGUUAAGGGCGGAGGACGGAUGGCUCCGAGUCUUGGAGGCACUUGACAACCACUACAAGUACCUCCCGGAGACCGAGCUGAACGAGUGCGUGGACGAGUUCCUCUUCCACCUCAAGAGGAGGCAAGGAGAGGGGCCAACUGCCUUUGUGUCUCGCUUCAAGGCGGUGCUGUCGAGACUGGAAGCGCUGAUCGCGGCUGAGAAAGCUGGGCGGAAGCGCAAGCGUGGCUUGAAGCCAGCAUCUGGUGACAGGCCAGCACCGGCCGAUACAGGAGGCGAGAGUGAGAGCUCGGACAUCAGCUCAGGAGGUCCUACGCUCACGAAGGAGACAGUGGAGGCUGCAGCGUCGGCUGGUGAUCCCUCUGCAAAGCCUGCCGAUACCAAGGGCCCGAAGACCGUCGGCAGUUUCGUCGGGGAAAAGUCCCCGAAGCGUGGGCCACCUUCGUCGGGUGGUUCCCACCGGAGCAGAGGGACGGCCAAGGCCGAUGAUGAUAGAGCUCAGAGAAGGAUGCUGGAACAGCUGGGAAGAUUGGAGGUCGGCCACCUGAAGAUGAAGCCGAUCUUCCCGGAGGUGAUCCUGGGGCAUCUCUUCAUGCGCAAGUAUGGGCUCAGCCGGGAGCAACGCUCCCAAGUGAUCCGCAGCACUGGUGGUAGCUGCAAGUUCGGCGACAUCGAGAAGGUGAUCAGGGCGUCGGACUACGAAGACCGACAUGGCGAUGGUGGUCCCAAGGGUUCUGCUCACCGCUCCGGCCGGGCCGGAGGGGCGGUCCUCGCUGCUGAAGAAGACAGCAGCCUCAGCGAGCCUUCCGCCUCAGAACCCGGAGAGGCCCUGGAGGCUGCCGAGAUGACCGGCAGCGACGAGGACGAAGAGCUCGAGGAGGCCUAUGAGGUGCACAAGAAGGCGAAGAACGAUGCGAAGAAGGCCUUCCGGAACUAUAAGGACAGCCGUCGUCGAGUGCGAGAAAUACGGAAGGAACGGCAGCCCUACAUGCCAGUGGUUGCUCUACCUCCGGGAGCGGCCGCGCCAGCCGAAUCCCUUCCAGUGCAACCAACCUUCAAGUACGACCGGAAGGACGGCCGGAAGCCCGGCCGAGGAAAAGGCGACCGGAAGGGGCGCCGCGAGGAGGUGAGUAUGGUCCAGUCGGCCAUCGUCUCCGAGUUUGCCUACAUGGUCGAGGACGAGGGCAAUGAGAUGGAGAUCCUGCUGGCGAGCGUGCCGGCAGGGAUGGCGGUGAUCGACACGGGCUGUACGACCUCAGUGAUCGGCCAGGACACGGCCGCCGCCUACGAGAAGCUCUGGCAGGAAAAGGGGCUGCCACCUCCAGCUCGCCUCACCCUGCCGCCUGUUCAGCUGAAAGGCUUCAACGGUGUGCGCUCGCAGACAGAAACGGGCUUACGCUGGACAGUGUGCUUGGGGAAGCUAUGGGGCCAAAUAACUACGUAUGUGGUUCCGGGGCCGGCACCUUUUCUCCUCUCGCGCAAGGUGCUGCAAGGGAUGGAAGCGACCCUGGACCUGGGACGCUCGACCAUCAGCAGCAACAAGCACGGCAUGAUUGGAGUGCCGCUGGCCCAAGCCUCGAAUGGUCACCUCCUGAUUCCCCUUGUGCCGGAGGGUGCUUCUGAAGCCGCCUUUGAAGUCCUGCCGGAUGAGCUAGAAGUGGAGGACCCUGCUCCAGAGCCGCCCUUGGCGUCCCAGCAAGGACCGUCACCGAACGAGGCGGGCGGCAAUCACGUGAAUACGGCUCAUAACAUGUCUGCCCAGGCCGACCGCCGGAAACACUUUCAGACCAUCAUGAAGCACACCAGGUACACACAAACAGACGUCGGCACCUACCGUUAUCAGCUUCGCAUGUUGUUUGGUCAGGAUGUUGAUUUUGCGCUCUGUGCCUACAGGCGCGAGGCACAUGAUCGCCCUGGUGCCUGCAUCUUUGGCUAUCGCUACAAAGAGCCAGAACCACAGCCUGCGGCUGGAUCUGCAGAACAAUCCGAGACGGAAGUCUGUGAGUGCUGCAGCGAGCGUGUUCGCAGGUGCAUCAGUCCUGGGAAAGCAAUCCGAGCACCGCCGGGGCUUAGCGAGUAUGAGAUUGGGAUUGUGACUAGCGACCCCCAAGUAGUUCAGGCGUUUGAAGGGUGCAAGUGUCCUGGGCAUUCACAGCACGUGCGCUCUGGCCGGAGAAACCCGUCGAGCCUCGCCUCGUGCUACUCUCGUCAAUUCUGUCGUGCUGUAGCAGCGUGCAUGGGCCGCCGAGAUGACACAGUGACCCCGACACAUGAUAUUUUCCUUGAGACAGACGACGAGGCUGACUCAGAACGGGAGAGCGAACACGAGCCCGAGGCCCCGGAGGACGAGGCCCCAGCACCCAGACACAAAUCUUAUAAGGCAAUGGUGCAGAAGCUUCAUGUCAACACUGGGCACGCCUCAAUCCCUCAGAUGCUUCGUCUUGCACAGCGUGCUCGAACACCAGCUGGUGUCAUCGAGGAAAUUCGGAAGUUCCGCUGCCCUGUGUGUGAAGAGCUUCAAGUGCCACCAUCCCAUAAGGUUGUUGCCCUUAGGCACACCGAAACCCCGAACAACAUAGUGGGUGUAGAUGUGGUUCAGGUUGAGCUUAAGAAAGAUGGUCCUAACGGGAUAGGCGAGCAAAAGUUUCAAGUGUUGACCGUGGUUGACUAUGCAACAGACUUUGCCCAGCAGAUUGUCCUACCGACGGGACCCCGUUCUGUGGCCACUGCUUUUCACGCCUUGUGGUGUCGACCGUUCGGCCCACCCCGAGUGGUCUAUGUCGACCCAGACCAGCGCUGGAUGUCGGAGGAUUUUCAAAAAUACCUUCGAUGCAACUCGAUUACACUCCUUGAUACGGCCACAGAGUCCCAUUGGCAGUUAGGUCGCGUAGAGGUUGCACAAAAGAUCCUUCGAAUGAUGGCCCAGCGCGUCUGGCGUACGUCCGACCGACCGCCAGAAGAGGUUAUCGAAAGUUGCAGCGGUGUGCGGAAUGAACAGCUGAAGCGUCAUGGGUUCUCUAGUGCACAAUGGUUCCUAGGUAGAGAGCCUAGGGUUCCAGGUAGCCUGUCGGAUAUCACUGAACAGCAGAACUUGGCUGUUCAGGACGCCGUCUUGUCUGAACAGGACUUUGCACAGAAGAUGCAGGUUCGCCAGCAGGCUGCUGAGGCAUUCAUCCAAGCCCACGCGCACAACACGUGGUCCCGUGCAAUCCGAGGGCGCAAUCGCCCCAUCCGUGGCCCGUAUGUGGUAGGACAAAGCGUGUAUGUUUUCCGGAAGCAAGGGAAGGGUCAAUUCUCCACAAGGCACGGGGCCUGGCUUGGCCCUGGCAGAGUAGUUGGAACGGAGAGCUUCCGCGAGAACUCUCCGGUGCCCCGCGUGAUCUGGGUUGCAGUCAAUGGAUUCAUGUACAAGUGUUCUCCAGAGUGCCUGAGACCAGUUGUGGAAGACGAGAUAGUGUUUCAACAACUAGCAAAGGAGUAUCAUGCCGGGCGCCUGCACGAAGAGCUCGAGCAGGUGACACCCUCGCGUCGAGGACCUGCGGGCCGCUUUUUCGAUCUCACCCAAGAUCCUCCUGGCGAGCUAGACUUUGAGACUCCCCCGGCUUCCGACCGGGAGGGCGAGGAUCUGCCUUCCGAGCCUCGCAAUGUCCGCCGUAGAAUCACCCGAGAUGAUGAAUAUUGGCAAGCUAGAGCAUCUGGUGAGACUCCUAGAAGCCCCGCGAGGGUUAGAGAUAGGGAAGAAGCUUUAGAUCCUGAUGAUAGUCCCCAACACAAGACAGCUCGCAUGGAACCACUAGGAGAACUUGAGGAGUACUCUCCAUCGUUGCCACCUGCGGAGCCUCCCGCUCCCUUGCCGGAUGCCGAGAUGGAAGCCCUGCCGCCUGUACCGGAAACACCGGGCGACCUUUCCGAGGCCGAAGUCCUCCCGGGUGAAGACAGCUUGUGUUGCGAGAUUGCCUUAGAUGUACUGCUGUCAGACCUAGAGGCUGACUCGCCCGGCUUGUGGAAGGUGCUUGACGAGUGUGCUGUUUCUGCCUCUGCCCGGCCCGGCCAGAAGCGCCGAGUGGAGGUGAACUUCCGGAAGCUAGGUGCCGCAGACCGCGAGCGCUUCAAGGGUGCAAUGCGUAAGGAGUGGCAAAGCUGGCUAGAGAACAGGGUGACUACGAUAGUUAGAUCGAAGGGUAUCCCUAAGUCCCGGGUUAUCGGCUCCCGCUGGGUCCUGACCUGGAAGAAGUCAUCCGAUCCUGAUGAUAGGUCCCUGACCCCUAAGGCCAGACUUGUUUUGGUAGGAUUUCAGGACCCGGACUUAGGCCGCAUUGCCACCGACAGCCCGACCCUCCGAAAGGAGAGCAAGCACAUCAUUCUGAGCAUCUGCGCUAGUAUGGGCUGGAUCAUUUGGGGUGCCGAUAUCAAGACCGCUUUCUUGUCUGGGGAUAACUCUAAUCGCGACCUCUAUUUCCGGCCCCCGGCCGAAGUAAGGGAAUUCCUAGGCUUGAGUGAGGAUGAUGUCUUGCGCCUGGAAAAGGCCGCGUACGGCCUAGCCGAAGCUCCCCGAGCCUGGUUUCUCCGACUCACCCGCGAGUUGCUGGCUGCAGGGCUGGAGGUAUCUCAGUUAGACCCCUGUGUUUUCAUCCUGAGAGACGUGCCCAGUAAGGCAUUGCUUGGGGUGUGUGGUGUACACGUCGAUGACUUACUAGGAGGAGGUACCAAGUUGAUGGAUGAGUGUCUAGCCCGUCUCCGAAAGAAGCUCCCCUUCGGCGAAUUCAGAAAAACGACUAUUAAGUACACCGGGGCUGAGAUCAGACAACUGCCCGACUACAGCAUAGAGGUAAGUCAGGAGGCCUACAUAGAUAAGAUGGAGGAGGUAAGCACCAAACCCUUCGGGAAAUCCUCCAAUCCUCUGCCGAACCCCUCGCUGAUGAGGGCAUGCUGUGGUCAGCUGGCGUGGGUCGCUAAUCAUAGCCGGCCUGAUCAAGCCUUUUUGGCAUCGUACCUUCAAGGAACCCAGGACAAAGCACUGGUAGCACAUCUUGAGCUGUACAACAAAGCUGUUCGCGAGCUUAAGGCCCGUAAAACCACCUUGAAAUUUCCCCCGGUUCCUCUUGAAAGAUGGCGGUUGUUGGCCGUCACCGAUGCCGGCUGGGGUGUGCGGGCCAAUGGCGAGUCCCAAGGUGGGCUCAUCCUAUGCCUCUGCGAUCAAGAUGUUCUAGAACGUAAGUCCGGUAAGACCUGGGUUGUAGAAUGGUCCUCAAAGAAACUUCGCAGGGUCGUAAGGAGCUCAACCGCCGCAGAGACCCUGUCUGCCCAGAAUGGCCUGGAUGCGAUCGAAUUCGCUCAGUCCUUCUUGCAAGAGCUCCUAUAUGGCAUGACACCCAAGGAGUUCCAGCAAUGGGUUCCCGAUAAGCCUUCUGGUUUAGUCAUCGAUAGUAAGUCCUUGUAUGAUGCCCUCACCCGAUCAGCUUGCAGCAGUGCACUUGCAAUGGAGAAGCGCCUUGCAAUCGACUAUGCAAUUGCCCGAGCAUGCUUGGCAGAGCGCAAUGUGAAACCAUACUGGACGAACAACCUGCAGAUGAUAGCUGAUUGCUUGACUAAGCUCAAAGGCAAUAAAGAGAGUCAGGCCGCAAGGAAGCAGCGCGUACCGGGGCUGCAAGGCCCUCCAACACCGGUCUUUCCUGAGUGCGUCAAUCUGUCCGUGUCAUCCAAAGUACUGCUACUGCAGAUUCUCCCUGUGAUCAGCGCGAUCCUAUCUGUAGCUGCCUCUCCCCUUCUUGUUCCGGGUGCCAUGACCGCAAGGAACCUCAAGCAGCAGCGCAGCCACCACCAGCCCCUUGCCAGGGACGAAUUGGUUGGCCUCGUUACCCGGGCGCUGGCCAAUGGUCAGGAGGAAGAGAUCCUCUCGGAGUUGCGGAUGCAGCGCCCCGACAAGUUCCGUCGUGACAGGGAGCCGGACAGCCCGGCCAGCGUGCCAAGCAUGAACUCCGACACCCCGAGCCUCAGGGAGUACCUCUUGCUCCACCCGAACGAGAAGGAUGAUGGUGUUCCGAAAGGACCACCGCCGCCGGUGCCAGUCAACCAGCAGCCACGCGAGAAGGCUAAGGGCAAUGAUGGAGGAGGUUCCAAGCGAGGAGGGCGGGGACAAGCCUACCCGAGUUCGGGGAGUGCCGGUCCGGCACCCCCUUCCGCCUCUUCUUCUACAUGGCCGUCAGCCACUUCUGACACGGAGUCCGCGAUCAGCAGCAGCUGGAUGAGGUCCCCGGUGGAGAACCCCGAUGACCGCUACAUCCUCCCGGCGCAAUCGGCGACCCCGCUUCCGCGGGGAAUUCCGUCACUGCUGAAGUGGUCCCGGACGCUGCUGGUCCUCCCGAAGUACAAGGAGAAGCGUUGGUGCUAUUUCGACCUGCUCCAGCACGCUUGGCAGGAUAAAGAGGUGAUGUCGUAUCUGAAGUGGAUCAAGAACACCUACUACACGGACGCCCAGAAGCCCGUGGGUGGAAAAGCUUCGGACCUCGCCGCCUUCCUCUUGGCCACAGCGUUUCCCAUCGAGAGCCGGUACCAGGAGAUUUGUAAUGCUGAGCGGAUCUUUGUAGACUGA